AUGUCCAUCUCUCUCUUCCAGGUUAUUAAAUGCAAAGCAGCCAUCGCCUGGGAAGCAAACAAGCCCCUUUGCAUAGAAGAGGUUGAGGUAGCUCCCCCCAAAGCACAUGAAGUUCGAAUUCAGAUUAUCGCCACUGCCUUGUGCCAUACUGAUGCCCAUAUUCUCCAUCCUAAAUUUACGGAGGCUCUGUUCCCAGUGAUCCUUGGCCAUGAGGGGGCAGGUAUCGUGGAAAGUGUUGGGCCAGGAGUGACCAACUGCAAACCAGGUGACAAAGUGAUUCCUCUCUACAUGCCUCAAUGUAAAAAAUGCAAGUUCUGUCUAAGUCCACUCACAAAUUUCUGUGCAAAGCUCAGUCAAUUCAAAGAUCCUAUUAUUCAGCAAGAAGUAAUGGAAGACAAAACCAGCAGGUUUACCUGCAAAGGAAAACCAGUUUACCAUUUCUUAGGGACCAGUACCUUCUCUCAGUACACUGUCGUAUCAGAUACUAAUCUUGCCAAAAUAGAUGAUGAUGCAAAUUUAGAGAGAGUCUGUCUGCUUGGAUGUGGAUUUUCAACUGGCUAUGGAGCUGCAAUCAACACUGCCAAGGUUACCCCAGGUUCUACUUGUGCCAUCUUUGGCCUGGGAGGUGUCGGCCUUUCUGCUUUAAUCGGUUGUAAAGUAGCAGGAGCUUCCAGAAUCAUAGCUGUUGAUAUCAACAGUGAGAAGUUUGCAAAGGCCAAAGCCCUUGGAGCCACUGACUGCCUCAAUCCUAGAGACCUACAAAAACCCGUCCAGGAGGUCAUCAUUGAAAUGACCGGUGGGGGUGUGGAUUUUGCACUUGACUGUGCAGGUGGAUCUGAAGCCAUGAAAGCAGCCCUGGACUGCACAACAGUAGGUUGGGGAUCGUGUACUCUCAUUGGAGUAGCCAUUGGUGACAAAGGACUGACUAUUUCUCCAAUAGAGAUACUAAUGGGCCGUACUAUCAAUGGAACAAUAUUUGGUGGUUGCAAAGGUAGAGAUUCAAUCCCAAAGCUGGUUACUGAUUACAAGAAUAAGAAAUUCAACCUGGAUGCACUGGUGACCCAUACCCUGCCUUUUGACAAAAUCAAUGAGGCAUUUGACCUAAUGCAUCAAGGAAAAAGCAUUCGAACAGUCCUGACCUUCUGA